CCUCGCCAUUUUGCAAUGUGAGAGACAGAGGCCACUUUUUACUGCUAAAGGAUAAAGCAUAGGUUUUUUAAAUGUUUUGAGGCCAAAGAUCACUCAGAAUUGCCGGAUCAGCAUGGAGGACAGCAGUGGUGUUGCCAUCUUGCUCCCCCUCUCUAGAGGCCAACAGGAGACUGUCUUCAUCCCUGAAAGGGUGGAAACGCCCCCUGGUACCCUGAUGGAGCCUAGGGAUGAUGACCAGAGGCAGCAGCAGGCCGCAGACUCCCUCAUCGAGGUGAUUGAGAAGCUCAGCAAGAUCGUGGAGAAGCGCCCACGUCGAUGUACCCUGGCUGGGAAGAAGAGAGCCCUCAUGUCCUGUGCCUCCAUCAGAGUCCCAGAGAUCAGGGAGGGCAGUGGUGGGUCCUCCCCCUGCAAGAGAGUCCGGGAGUUGGAGGAAGAAGUGAAAGAGGAGGAGAUCAAGCCAGACAACAGUGCCCCUGCUGGCAGCAGUAGGACCAUCACCUGUUACCAGUGCAGCCUGUGUCGGUUCCUGUCCCCGACCUUGAGCCUGCUGAAGGAGCACCUGCGGCAGCACGAUGAGCAGCACAGUGACCUCAUCCUCAUGUGUUCUGAGUGUCGCUUCACCUCCAGCCACCAGGAGGAGCUAGAGGCCCAUGUCAGGCUCCACUUUGACGGCAGCAACUCUAACAAGAACCCUGUGUCCAGCCAGCAGGCCAGCGAGGGGAAUGAGGACUUAGGGUUAGGGAUGGGGGGUAGUGUGGAGGAGGCUGUGUUCAAAACUGCCAUGGACUGUGCUGAGGAGAUCUCUGCUAAGAAGAAGUGGUACAGCUAUGAGGAGUCUGGGAUGUACCGCUGCCUGAUCUGCAGCUAUGUGUGUGGACAGCAGCGAAUGCUAAAGACUCAUGCAUGGAAGCACGCAGGUCUGGUAGACUGCUCUUACCCGAUCUUUGAGGACGAGGCGGUGGCACCUUCUAGACAAGAAGCACCAGCACCUCCUGUAGUUCCUCCUGCAGAGGAAGCCAUAGUGGUCCUCACCCCGGUUCCAGAGAACUCCCAGAACCUCAACAAGAUGUCCACCUUCCAGAUCGACCUCUGUGCCCCUGUGGCGGAGUGUAGGAAUGAGGCCAGGACAGAACCAAUCACAGAGGAGAGCCCAGUGGAGAGGCUAUCUAAAGACUCAGAGCCAAUGUUGGAGGUACAGGUGACCACAGAGACGGAGGUGGAACUUGUGCAGGACUGUCAUCAAAUUACAAGCACAACAGACAGCCUCCUGUCAUCAGCCCAGAAGAUCAUCAGCUGCAGUCCCAACAGUGCCGGCCAUGUCAACGUCAUAGUGGAGCGACUGCCGUGCGCAGAGGAACCCGUGGCCACCCAGCCCCUCCUCACCAGCCCAGAGGUGGGCAGAGACGAGAGCCUGCUGGCUGCAGAGGAGGCGGGCCAUGUGGAGAACGAGCCAAUGUUUGCUUACAAGGACGAGCAGCAGGAGGUGGUGAUUGGCUGGAGCAACAGCGAGAGGCAGCAGACCACCACGGACCCUCCACGUGAUGAGAAUGCUCCCCCAGCCCGCAGGAGGACCCACUCUGAGUCUCUGAGGCUGCACUCCCUGGCUGCUGAAGCCCUGGUGGCCAUGCCCAUGAGGACCGCGGAGCACAUCAGGAGCAUCGUGGGCCAAUGCUCCCAGAGCCCUGACACGGGCCAGAGGCUCCUGGAGAUGGCCACGGCUGCAGCAGUUGCAGCCGACAGAGCCCCUGCAGCGGUAGAGGAGCUGGCAGGCGUGGGGUCAGCCCUGAUAGACCUGGAGCUGCAGGGGUCCAGAGAGGACGGGCUGGCCGAGGGCCCCACCAAGGCUGGCAUCAGCCUGUCCCUGCUGACGGUCAUAGAGAGGCUGAAGGAGCGCUCGGACCAGAACGCCUCAGACGAGGACAUCCUGAAGGAGCUACAGGACAACGCCCAGAGCCAGCACGCUGGGGAGGUCAGCGACUGUGGAGGGGGGGACCCGGGUAACACUGGUGGGGGCCUGGUGGACUACAUCCCUGGCAGCGAGAGGCCCUACCGCUGUCGCCUUUGUCGCUACAGCAGUGGUAACAAGGGCUACAUCAAGCAGCACCUGCGAGUACACCGCCAGAGACAGCCCUACCAGUGUCCCAUCUGUGAACACAUCGCCCUGGACAGCAAAGAUCUAGAGGGCCACAUGAUCAACCACUGCAAGACCAGGGUGUACCACUGCAAGCAGUGUACUGAGGCCUUCUAUUACAAAAGUCAGCUGAGGAACCACGUUAGAGACCAGCACGGUUUGGGCGACACCAACGCAACACUAACCCCUGUCACUGAAACCACGGCAACCAUGGAGGAAUCUGAAAAGAUGACAAAUGACGAUUCCGUCAGAUCGCAGAAGGUGUACAGAUGUGACGUGUGUGAUUACAGCAGCUCCACGUAUGUUGGAGUUCGGAACCACCGGAGGAUCCAUAACUCUGACAAGCCUUACAGGUGCUGCAGCUGUGACUUUGCUACGACCAACAUGAACAGCCUGAAGAGCCACAUGAGGAGACAUCCCCAGGAGCACCAGGCUGUCCAGCUUCUGGAGCAGUACAGGUGUUCACUGUGUGGCUAUGUGUGCAGUCACCCUCCGUCCCUCAAGUCUCACAUGUGGAAGCACGCUGGCGAUCAGAACUACAACUACGAGCAGGUGAACAAGGCCAUCAACGAGGCCAUCUCCCAGAGCGUCCGUUCCCCCAGUGCCCCGCAGAAGGUUUCAGCAGUGGCAGAGCAGUCUGGUGUGGUGCAGGGUGGGAAGAAGGAGAGGGUUUUUGUGGACCCAGCCCCCCUAGCAGAGGUUCCUGUGGACAGUGUGGUUGGCGGUGGCUUAGGGCCAACAACGGAGCUCAUCCAGUGGUCCUCCAGAGAGCAGGCCCCACAGAGCGACACCCCCCAGCACAGCCCCCAAGGGAAGGAGGGGGUCCAGUCCCGGGCCGGCAUGGAGUAUUGUGUGCUGCUGUUCUGCUGCUGUAUCUGUGGCUUUGAGUCUACCAGCAAGGAGAGACUGAUGGAGCACAUGAAGGAACAUGAGGGAGACAUCAUCAGCAUCAUCCUGAACAAGGAGCAGCAGGGAGCAGCCCAACCAGCAGAGGGCAGCACAGCACAGUGAGACAGCAUUUACCCCCCACCUACCCCUCCCCUUACCCCAACAAAGAACCAGGAACCUAUCCACUCACUUACACUGAGUCUGGUUUUAAAAGGGAAGUACUAUACCGCACAUCUUGUUUUCUGGUUCUUAGUUUUAUGUACUUAACAGAAGGUUACAAAAAGUGUAUCAGUUGGAGCUCAGACAUACAGAAAAUUGGAAAACUCCAAUUUCAAGGCGUUGCAGUAAAAUGUUCAACCUGAACAAGUUCAGACACAUUUAAUACCUCAGAAAACAGACAUUUCCAUAUUUUCAAAUGGAGCUCAGUCCAUUCUACUCAGCAAACAUAUAUUGACCACAUGGCAGCUUUUGUAUUAAAAUACUGUAAUAUAAUUUAAUAUAUUUAAUCCUUCACAUUUAUAGUGUAUCUGGGGCACCUGCACUAGGCUAUACAGAGAUACCAUCUGCUUGCAUGUUGUGUUCAUCAUAGCUAUAUUCAAAAUGGGUUAAUACAAGCUGGUCUCAGAGCAUUUCGUAUUAUUCUGUACAUAAAUCUGAGACGAUCGAUAUUUUGCAAAUUUGUAACGGCUAAUGUUAGCCACCUUGCUAGAAUUCGUAACAUUGCGUACGUUUAGCAAAUUCAUAACAUGUUGUGCAUUUUGCAAAUUCGUAACCUUGAAUACAAAUUAUAGUUCUUAACAUAUUAUUACGAAGUGUGACUGUGUGACUUCCACAAAUGAUGUGUGACUUCCACAAAUGAAUACAUACCAUACGAAAUGUAACAUAUCAUACCAAUUUGAGUGUCCUGGAUUUACGUUUACGAUGUUACGUCUAGUCUAUGAGACCAGGCUGGUUAAUACUAUGUAUCAAUGUAGGCCUAUGCGUGUUGGUUUCCGUUAUGUCGAAGCAAAGGAAAAUACUUAUUUUUAUUUAAUUCACCGUUUGAUUCUAUUUUGACCUAUUGGACCUCUGGUACGUUAUGGUAAUGAUGGGUCACUUGAGAUUGGUUUCCUAAAGCUGUAGGAUAGAUAGGCUGGUAACAAGUUGUUUUACCAACAUUCACCACGGCGUCAAGGCUUCUUGAGGCAGAACUAGGUUAGGGAGGAAUUUAAGGUAUGAUCCGUCAAUUAUGGUGCAUAUUAGUGGUCAUAUUAGACCCAGGUGUUAUGGUCAUAUUAGACCCAGGUGUUAUUGUCAUAUUAGACCCAGGUGUUAUGGUGGAGAGAUGGUAAAUGGACAAUCAUGGAACUUUGAUUGCAGCCAACACCCAACUGUGUUUAGCUUAGGCUGCUUGUAGUUUCUUUAGUGAACGUAUUACUAUUCUGAUUACGAUAAUCAUUUCUAGAUUAAUGUUUUAGCAAAAUAAUUGCAUAGUUGAUCACUUGAAUAUGUUAAGCAGUUUCCAAAGUUUCUCCAUAUAGGCCUAGCACUUGUAGAUAAUGGAUGGCUGGAGUGAUUGACAUCCUAGCACAGAGCGGUGUGCUAGUAUACUAAACCUAUUCACGAACCUGCUAUUCCUAUCUCUGUGUGCUGUAUUGACCAAUAGCGGAGGGUGAUACAGUGGGGCAAAAAAGUAUUUUGUCAGCCACCAAUGGUGCAAGUUCUCCCACUUAAAAAGAUGAGAGGCCUGUAAUUUUCAUCAUAGGUACACUUCAACUAUGACAGACAAAAUGAGAAAAAUAAUCCAGAAAAUCACAUUGUAGGAUUUUUAAUGAAUUUAUUUGCAAAUUAUGGUGGAAAAUGAGUAUUUGGUCACCUACAAACAAGCAAGAUUUCUGGCUCUCACAGACCUGUAACUUCUUCUUUAAGAGGCUCCUCUGUCCUCCACUCGUUAUCUGUAUUAAUGGCACCUGUUUGAACUUGUUAUCAGUAUAAAAUACACCUGUCCACAACCUCAAACAGUCACACUCCAAACUCCACUAUGGCCAAGACCAAAGAGCUGUCAAAGGACACCAGAAACAAAAUUGUAGACCUGCACCAGGCUGGGAAGACUGAAUCUGCAAUAGGUAAGCAGCUUGGUUUGAAGAAAUCAACUGUGGGUGCAAUUAUUAGGAAAUGGAAGACAUACAAGACCACUGAUAAUCUCCCUCGAUCUGGGGCUCCACGCAAGAUCUCACCCCGUGGGGUCAAAAUGGUCACAAGAACGGUGAGCAAAAAUCCUAGAACCACACAGGGGGACCUAGUGAAUGACCUGCAGAGAGCUGGGACCAAAGUAACAAAGCCUACCAUCAGCAAGGGCAUUGAAGAUGAAACGUGGCUGGGUCUUUCAGCAUGGCAAUGAUCCCAAACACACCGCCUGGGCAACGAAGGAGUGGCUUCGUAAGAAGCAUUUCAAGGUCCUGGAGUGACCUAGCCAGUCUCCAGAUCUCAACCCCAUAGACCGUGUUGCCCAGCAACAGCCCCAAAACAUCACUGCUCUAGAGGAGAUCUGCAUGGAGGAAUGGGCCAAAAUACCAGCAACAGUGUGUGAAAACCUUGUGAAGACUUACAGAAAACAUUUGACCUCUGUCAUUGCCAACAAAGGGUAUAUAACAAAGUAUUGAGAAACUUUUGUUAUUGACCAAAUACUUAUUUUCCACCAUAAUUUGCAAAUAAAUUCAUAAAAAAUCCUACAAUGUGAUUUUCUGGAUUAUUUUUUUUCAAGUGAUGGGCCUAUGUGACUGUAGACUGACAUUGAAUAGGUGUUUUCCGUUUGACUACCUCUGCUAAAGUAUUUCCAAACUUCACUCACCGUUCCAUUUAUUUUCACACUAAACAUGCUUGGUAUGCAGAGUGGUGACUUGGAAAUCAUUUCCAUGCCCUUACUGUUUUUAUGUAGACAGAUAGGUGUAGGAAAUUAUGAUCAAAUUAAAUAUCCAUAAUUCAUGGGAUUUCUGGAUUGCGUUUGUGUAGCUCAGUGUAUCAAAUAAAUGAAAUCAUUAUCUUCUGCACGCUGAAUUUCUCAUUAUAAUGGCAGAUUAUUCUCACGUUAAUUUACAAUUCAAAGUACUAAUGUCAGGAAGACCGUGACGGUCUGCAUUUAAACCGCAUUUAACCCCCCCCCCCCCCCCCCCAUUUACAUAGUUUGCAUUUUAAUGAGUGGUUCAGUGAAUUAAAGCAAAAGACAAGCAAGCAGAACCUCAUGCUGAUCAUAGGCCACUUUCUGCUACGUAUAAUCUAUCAGGGUUUUAUGACAGCAGCUUCAUAUGAUUCUAUUAGUUGACUUACUGUCGUGCAGUUUCUUACUGUAUCUUUCUGAGGGCCUAAUGAUCUUCUUACCGAUGCAGACCAUGAGACAGUGGGGGAAGGGAAGUGACUAUGGGCCUAAGUGAAUUGAUUGGUGGUUUUGGGUCAGAUGUGCAAAUAGUUUUGGAUAGAUCUGACAUUGUAUUUCUUAUGGGAAAGCUUCAGGUUAUUUUAAUGUUAAUUUUACCCGUGCAGAGUUGGCAAAAUGUCAUUUGUGAAGCCAGUUUAAUCUUUCAGGAGGGCUUAUCUUUUGUUUGUUUUGUUCACUAUUUACGUUGUCACAUGUAGGAACUUGAAGCCUUAGAUCCAGGACUAAAUCUGUUCAUUUUAUGAGCGUUGAGUGUGGAAAGACACAUUGGCGUUGCGGUUGUUAACACUCAAACUGGUGCGCCUGGCACCUACUACCAGACGCCCUUCAUAGGCACUUCAAUAUUUUGUGUUGCCCAAUCACCCUCUGAAUGGCACACACACAAUCCAUGACUAAAUUGUGCUAAUACAUUUGUUCGGUAGUUUAUGUCCAGUCUGCUGGCGAAAUUGCAUACUCAAUUAGAUAUACUACUAUGCUUAUUAAUCUCUUAUACUACUUGUUAUUUGUCUAUUUGAUUUGGAAAUGUUAGAUUUCAGAUGGUGAUGCAUCCAUGUGAGUCUACCCCUCUGGCUUUCAUUUCAGAAAUUAGGCAAUGAACUGACAUGAGAACCUGGAUGGGAGGGAAAAGUUCUUAUAGGGUCUGUGACAUCUGAUGUGGAUGACUUUGACAUGUUCUUUGUUUGACUUAACCAACCCUUAUCCCCAGGUCCCUUCUCAUUCAACUACAUGGUGCCAUGUGAUGGGUAACCGUCAAUAGAUUGUGCAUUUUCAAAGACAUUUUAAUGUGCUAUUUUUGCUCAUCCUGUCAACGUUUGUGCCUUUUUUUGAUUCGAGUCUCUGAGAGUCUCUCGUAGUCAUUAGCUAGCUAUUUGUUAUAGGCUAUGUCUGCCCGUGGGUGCUGUUGUGCGCCCAUCUGUUCAGAAUGAUAAUCCAAGGAGGUCAUGGGUGUUAUUCAGUCAAAGCUGAAUAGCCUCUGUAACGCCACCCCUUGCUCUGUGAUGUAUCCCACACACUGGUUGGAGCAACGUUGUCUCCACAUUUCAAUAAAAUUACAUUGAACCAAUGUGGGAUAGAUGUUGAAUUGACGUCAGUGCCCAGUGGAAUGGAUCUGUACAUAAUUAGUUGAAAUACUGUAGUAUUGCGAACUGACAUUUUUUUAAUAAUCAAUUUUUUAAAUAUAUUGUAAAGAAAAAACACUAAGUCCAUGUUUUUUUGUUGUUGAAAUAAAUACAUUUGCUAAAAUGUUGGAAAAUGGGUGUGCUUUUUAAUUGGCUAUAAUGUAUUUGCGGGGAGUGAUAUUUUAAUUUAUUUUUUAUACUGAGCUGCAUGCAUUUCAAGCCAAAGGAGAGAAGGUGAUAUCUCUCACUUUUACACUGUUAACGCUGUUCAGUGCUUAACUUGUUUCCAAGUUGUGUGUGUAUUUGCUCCGUAGGCCACAGCGAUGCUUGCUAUCUAUUUAUUUUGUGCAUCAUAGACAGUAUUAUGUCAUAACUUUGCCAAUGUAUUUUUGUAAUAAAUACUUUGUGGAUGAA